AUGGCAGAGGAUAUCGACGUCGCCAAUCACUACGGUCUCCCGAGCGCUUAUCCCGAGGAAUGGCCAGCAGAGCUGGACGAAAGUGAUGACUCCGACCAUGAGUCGUUUGCUGCUGCCGCCGCCAAACGGCGAUCGAAGAGAUACUCCGCGCUGGAACGCGGACAUAGCAGUCGCAAGAGCUUGGCCUCGGCGUCAUAUCGCGCGGGAGAUAGUAUGGCCUUGAAGGAUGAGCCCGAUCCCUUGGGCACGAGCGACAGCGUGAUGAAGAUACUCAAGCAACGAGGCCUGCCCGUGGAUGACGAUCCCCGCUUGCGAAGCCGUUUCCUCUUGUCUUCGACCACGUUUUCUCCGGCGCUGUUUCUGUCGCAAACCCACUCGUCUGCCUCCACUCAGUCUCUCCUUGAAGGUCUAGAUUUCCUGUCGCGGUCGAUCGACCAGAAGUCCGCCUCGUUGAAGGUGUUGGUUGAGGCCAAUUUUGAACGCUUCGUACGGGCCAAGGCGACAAUCGAUAGCGUCUACACGGAGAUGAGAAACCAGGGAUCGGAGAAGAAUGCAUCGCGUCCUCGUUCGCGCCCUGCCAGUGGGCAAUUCCGAUACUCGUUGAAUGGAGCUCCCAGUCCGUCGGCGACGGCAACAAAUGAGGCUCCGAAAAAGACUGCCCUGACAAAGGAGAGUGAAUACGGCGUGAAAGGAAUUCGCGCACCGCUGGUCGAGGCUUCAGUAAAGGCCGAAGAGCUAUGGGGUCCGGCUCUGGGUGGUCGCGAUCGUGAGCAGGGACUGUACAUGGUCGCGAAUGCUGUCGACAGGAAUCGCGCGGUCUACGAGAUUGGCGGGAAUCUUUCAAGAGCGAUCAAACAGAGAGAUUACGAUUCUAUUUUCGAGGAGUACCGACGAGCGAGGACUCUGGCGAAUGAAGCGAGAGUCACAGCCGAUCGUGCUGUCACCGAACAGAGACAGUUGACAGAUGAAGAGGCUUAUAAUGUGUUGGUAACAGGACGCAUGUGGGUUGAUGUCGAACAACAGCUUGAAGCGUUCAAGCGAGAUCUAUGGCAACGUCUGAGCAAUGUGCACACGUCCUCGCCAUCCCUGACCGCUGCCGGGCCCGUUGAGGAGCACAUGGAACUAAUCGGGGCUCUCUUGGAACUUGGAGUGGACGAUAAUCCCGUGUGGGUCUGGCUCCAGAGCCGAUACAACCUGCUCAAAACCAAGAUCACCUCCUUCUGUGAGCGCUCCAAGGUAGAAAUCGAGAUCCUGAGGCGGCGACUCGCGGCGGGUGAGAAGCCUUCGCCCCAGGUUGUAACAACGUUUCUACGCCUAUCGUCUCGCGAGGGGACAGAAACACAGGAAAGACUGGACACCGAUCAAGUCGUGGAGCUCUGGGAAUGCAUUAAUACCUAUUUGACGAAACUUCUCUCCUUGCAGAACGGCCUUCUGGGCGAGGUCAUCGAAUUUUGGGAAACGGCUCACUCCUUUAUUGACGGCAGCAAGCAGAAACUUUUGCCUGCUGGCUUCGAAGGGGAGAGUCGCAAGCACCACCGUCUAUCUGAUGAUAGCGUCCGACAGUUAAAGGAGGGAGUUGUCGAGCUCGUAGACUUGAUCCGCGAAAGUGUUCUCUCCUUGUUUACUGAGCCUCCGAUCGAGGAUAUCUCCCUUCUGUCAUCGCCGCUUCCCCCGCCUAGUCCCAGUACGCCCGUGGGCCACAUUACUCCGACGGAAUCUCGCUUCAAGCUGGACCCGAAGAAUAUACCUCCAGUCUCUCCGAAAAAGGGGGAGCCGUGGGAGGACUUUGCAUUCUGGCCACCGUACUCCAAUUCACUGAGCGGUGUUCAUUACCUCAGUAAAUUUCUAAUUCUCGUGGGUACAGCCGCCAGUGAGAUGGCGGCUCUGGGGCCCAUAUCAGCUGGGGGCAGUUCUUACGAUCGCCUGAAGAACCUUGUCAGUGCCGCUCGGGAACGCUGUGUCCGCGUCGCAUGUGCCGCAUGGAACAAAGAUGCGGAGAACUGUAAGAUGUUGGAGGACUGGACGCGUGAUCCGGAGAGACGAGAUCUGACCAAAAUGCCCGGGCUCUUCGUCGCCUUUGAAAGCGCCGUACUUGCAGGGAUGCAGAAAAUCCUCUAUAUCUCCGAGGCGAUGAGCAAGUCGGGCGCCGUGGACGUGGUGACUCCGCCGCCUGCGAAACUGCUGCAGAUGGUGCGGACACAGUUUGUGACCAGCGUCUACAAGGCCUUGAGUGGCCUGGUUGAGAACGCGGAACGUCCGAUGAAGCCUGAGGAGGAUGAUGAAUGGAUUCUUGUAGGACCUGCGGUGUCAGUCAAGAGCGUCGAUGCAACUUCAGCAAUGAUAGCAGCCGACGGUGUUGAUGCCAAGAAUAGGAACAUUCGAAUGCUCCUUACGUUGUCGAACCUCAAGGCGCUUCAGAAUGACUUUGUUCCUCAGCUGGUGUCGAAUUUCGAGACUUCGUUCUCCGUGAAAUUGACCGAGGAAUCGAAAACCAUUCGAGACGUCCUCAGCCAGAUUGAGGCGCGGCUCUUUCAAUCCUACACGAAACCGACGGUCGCGUCUUUGGAUUCUACGAUUCAAAGUGGCAUCAAGGCACCCGAUUGGGUUCCAUCCACGAAUCGUCCAGAUCAGGUCCGACCAUAUGUCUACACGACAAUGCUCACGCUGGUGCUUGUUCAUACCGAGAUAUCCACCACCAUCCCAGUGACGUCUUCCUCUCAGAAUCCAGGCGCGCCGUCGACAACAAACCCUCUGUUGACCAGCGUUCUCACCCAUCUUGUUACCCAAAUCUCUUCGUCCCUGCUCUCCGCGUUCCAGUCACGGCCCAAGUAUUCCUUGCCCGCCCUGAUGCAAGCUACCUUGGACACCGAAUUCAUCGCGCAGACCAUGUCACAGUACGUGACAGAGGAAGCCUCGUCGAUCCAGAGCCAGAUCUACCUGGAGCUGGACCGACGAACCAACAACGAGGCGCGGGCCAAGCUGCAAGCCGAGCUCGGAGAGAUGAGAGGCAUCCUGAAGCGAUUGCGCGAAAGGACCAAGGGCGAAUUUGCGUGCUUCCGGAAAGUAAGAUCGGGGGCUAGUGGAAAGCCAUCUACAUCUUCAUGA